AUGACGAGUUCGAGGUUUCUCUUCAGCAACGGCGUCGUACUGCACUCCUCCGACGCUCCUCCCCUCCCAACCUUCCUCGAAUCCCAUCCAGGCGCUUAUACGACCACUCGUACUCACAACAGUGCUUCGUGCAUCUUGUUCUGGGAAAGGCACGUUAAACGACUCGCCGAGUCGAUUAGAAUCCUAUGGAAUUCGACUCCGCAGCUUUUGUUCAAACCGAAUAAUGCUACGCUUUCACUGCCACCGUUGCCGGCGACAUCGCCGACGUGGGAAUCGGCGGUUCGGGCGCUCGUGAACGAUCCGAUGAACAAAGUGUUGCCGGUUGCAGUGAAUGAGAGGAGUGGUGAGGAGGAAUUUUCGGUUACGGUGCUCGUCAGUGGGAAUUCGGAGAGGUUGUGUGGAAUUGAGAAUGUGGAUGAAGAAAGGGCGUGUGAAGCUCUUGAUGCGUGUGUUUAUGUUGGGAGUUAUGUGCCUCGCCUGUUCGGUGUUCGAGGAAAUGGCGCGCGCGUGGCCGUGGUGGGUCACGGGAGAGAUGUGGCGAAUGCUAAGUAUUCGGAUUGGGUGAGGAUUAGGAAGCCCCUGGAGAAGCUGAGGCCUCCUUCGGUGACUGAGCUCUUGCUGUCAAAUGACGGUGAUCGGAUACUUGAAGGCUGCGUGACAAACUUUUUUGUUGUUUGUCGCAAGGAUAAUGCUGAAGCUAAGGGGAACUGCUUGCAUGAUCACAAUAGUACAAGUGCUUUUGAAGUACAAACAGCUCCUAUUCGUGACGGUGUGCUUCCCGGAAUUAUUCGCCAAAUAGUGAUUGAAGUAUGCUUGAGCAAGGGAAUCUCAUUCCGGGAAGUUGCACCUUUGUGGUCACAGCAUGACAUUUGGGAAGAAGCGUUCAUCACAAAUAGCUUGAGACUUUUGGAACAUGUGGAGACAAUUAAAGUUCCAAGUUCAUGGGAAUCGCUUAAUUCAAAAACUUGGGAGGAGACAUCAUGGGAAGAGAAGCGGUUUGAGCAGGAGGGUCCUGGGAUGAUCACAGCAGUAAUUCAGAAAGAGAUCGUGAAGAAAGCAAUUCUUGAAGGGUUUCCAUUAUGUAAUGCUGUUUGAAAGGAGAGCUGUUUUGUGCCUUCUUGCUUGUAAAGGACCAAAUGACUUGACUGCCUUCAUGAGUAUGUAAGUUUUAAGUCUAUAAAAGGUGCUCUUUUCGGCUCUGCCGGUCUCCAUAAAAGGUCUCAUGCCUCUUUGGUCUGGUUGUAAUGAGACCAGGGAUUUUUUGCAUUUGCCUUAACUAAACUAACAAUGCUUAAUAUUUGAACUUUUGAUGA